AUGGCCGACAACACCACUUCAGUCAUUCCUGAUGACCUAAAUACACCAGAAAUUAUUCGUAUUAAAUAUAUUGUUUUGCAAGUUUUACAAAUAUUUUCAUGGCCAAUCUAUUUCUUCGUUUUCUUUCACAUUCUCACGAACAAAACUCAACGAAAAUCAUUGAACAAUCAUGUUAUAAUUGUUUUACUAUUGUCCAAUAGUUUCCAAUUGUUUUUCGACUUGUCACUAGUUCUUUCUUGGUUACAUCAAGGAAUCAUACGCCCAGCAACGCCAGCAACAUGCUAUUUCUGGAAUUUUAUGAACUAUUGGGCAUACUAUACCAGUUUUAUUAUUAUGCUUUGGGCUUCAUUCGAGCGUCAUAUUCUUGUCUUUCAUGCACACAUGGUACGGACAAAACGAGGAAAAUUUAUAUUUCAUUACCUGCCAUUGGUAUGUACUUUAAUAUAUUCAUUGGUUUAUUAUGUUUAUUUCAUAUUCUUAUAUCCUUGUAAAAAUGACUUUGAUUAUGAAGUUGGCUGGUGUGGGUUUAUGUGUUAUCAAAAUUAUGCUGCUAGUUGGAUUCUUAUCUACGAAUAUCUUGCGCACGAAAUUAUUCCGAUGUUUCUUGAGGUGUUUCUUAGUAUACUUUUGAUUUUACGUGUUGUUUUCCAACGUCGACAAGGAGCUCACUGGCGGCGAAAUCGAAAAAUGAUUUUACAACUGUUAAGCAUAUCUUUUCUUUCAACUGCAUUCAAUAUACCUGAUGUCAUCAGUCCGUUGUAUUAUUUAAUAUUUGACGUUGAAUUAAUCGCCGAGAAUAUUCAAGAAUUUAUUUUAGCUUAUGUAGGAUAUGGAACUUGUAUUUUUCUUCCCAUCACAUGUCUUACAACCAUACCACAUGUGAAAGAGAAAUUAUUCAAUAUGAUUGAUUAUCGUCGAUGGUUGGACUUUGAAAAGAAACAACAGCGCAUUGUUCCUACAUCACGACAUCCAUAA